CCAGGAACAGGACGCUUUCCUGAGAACUGGACCAGCACCUUCUGCCUUCCAGUGAGAACAGACAGCCAUAAUGGAACCCAAACCUCAGAAGAGUCCAGGCAAACAAAUUACAUUUUAUUAUGAAAUCUGCAAACAAGGUUACUUUAUUAAAUCGCCACCUCCUCAGCUUUUCUUCUCUGUGAUCUCUUGGAAAAAGCGCUAUUUCACCCUGUCAAAGACUGGGGAAAAGAGAUUUAGUCUUUCCUAUUACAAAGACCACCAUUACCGAGGUUCCAUUGAAAUUGAUCGGAAUUCCAGUGUAGAAGUUGGCAUAAGUAGCCAGGAAAAGAUGCAAUCUGUGCAGAAGAUGUUUAAGUGCCACCCUGAAGAGGUGAUGUCCAUCAGGACCACUGACAGGGAAUACUUCCUCAUUGGCCAAGACAGGGAGAAGAUUAAAGACUGGGUCUCCUUCAUAUCAUUUUGCCGGGAUACAGAAGCAGCACAUCAGAACACAAAGGAGAAACUCUCAUUGGAUGAUCAAAGGCCCGUGUCAGACCCCAACCCUCUCCCUGGUCUUUCCAGCACAUCAGAGGCUGUUGGCUUCACCCUACCAAGAAACAGUCUUCCAGACAUGCACUUAAUGGGAAAACAUUCUCCAGGAUACAGACAAGCUCAUCUACCACAUGAGGACUUGUUGGAGCCUGCUCCAGAAAUGGAAGAAGAGCAUCAUUAUCUUAAUCCUCGAAGUAUUCUUUUAGAGUUGGAAAAUAUCAUUGCUUCCCAUGACUCUGGUGAAUCCAUUGAACCUGGUAGUCCAGACCAGGUCUUCAAGAGAAAUGAGUGUCAUUAUAUGUCAAUGAAAUCCUGUGUUUUCAACAAGACAUCCCAUGAGUCUGCUGAUAGCAAAGAGAAAUCACAGACCCUUCCAGAGACCCCGGAUGGGGGGCUUCACCUGCAAGAAGAAGGCUCAGGAAGUGAUUCGUGUCUUUCACCUGCCUGUAUGGAAGCACAGACCACAAAGGACGAAAAGGGGUCGGCCUCCCUAACUGUUGUGCAAUUGUCUAUAUUAAUCAAUAACAUCCCUGCUGAGAGCCAAGUGGAGGAACUGAACGUGCUCCUCUCUCCUCCUGACGUCAUAAACUAUCUUGUUCUCAGAGAAGCCGCAGGACAGAUAUGUGUGGCGCGGUGGGAAGGCCCCCCGCGCUUAGGAUGCAUGUUCUGCUAUGGAGAUCGUCUCUUAGCAGUAAAUGACCUAAAGCCCCAGAGCCUGGAGGAGGUCUCCUUGUUUCUCAGCCGGUCCAUCCCAAAGGAGAAGGUAAAACUCACCAUCAGUCGGAUCCCAAAUUCAGAGAAAUUCCAUGCGGUAGCCUGUAAGUGCCCCUUAAAAUGCCAAGAUGUUGCACCCUUGCAACAGGAUGAUUCUGGACUGCAGAGGGCACCAAAGAGGAAUCCAGCCAUUAAAAAGGGUCUGCAGAAAGAAACUAGAGAGUAA